CUCUUCUUCAUCUUCACUGCUCACCAACCCAUCCAUCCCCCAGUCCUCCUCACUGCUCACCCGUCUCCCAUCCCCACACCACCACCACCACCAUCUUCCGGUCUUCCCCUCCCCACACCCGGCGGGAUCCCCACCAUCCCCUUCCCCCGAUGGAGCUGUUCGCGCGCGCCAAGGUGGUGCGGCUCAAGAGCCACCACGACAAGUUCCUGUACGCGGACGAGGACGAGGCGCACGUGACGCAGGAGCGGGACGGGUCGUCGGCGAACGCGCGGUGGGCCGUGGAGCCGGCGCCGCACAACCCGGGCGCCAUCCGCCUGCGGAGCCGGUACGGCCACUACCUCACCGCCUCCGGGGAGCCGUUCCUGCUGGGGAUGACGGGCCGGAAGGUGACGCAGACGGCGCCCGCCGCGCCCCGCCCCGCCAACGCGUCCGUGGACUGGGAGCCCGUGCGGGACGGCUUCCAGGCGCGCCUCCGCACCAGGGCGGGCCACUUCCUCCGCGCCAACGGGGGGCUCCCGCCCUGGAGGAACUCCGUCACCCACGACGUGCCCCACCGCACCGCCACGCAGGACUGGGUGCUCUGGGACGUCGAGGUCGUGCAGCUCCUCACGCCGGCGCCGCCCGACCGCGCCGGCUCCGCGCCCCUCGCCAAGUUGCCGGACUCGCCGCCCGCGCCGGAGCUCGCCAACCCGCCGCAGCCGCAUCACCGUCCCUCCAAGUCCUACGCCGCGCCACCGCCACCGCCCACGCUGGAGCCCGAGGCGCCGCCGCCCAGGCUCUCCAAGCUCGAGUCCUCCGAUUCAUUCUCUGCCCCCUUGCACAAGGUAGAGGGACGUGCCAUCCAUUAUCACAUUGCAGAUGAUCUGGGCAAUGUGCAAGAUGGCACAGUGGGACACUCCUUUACAUUCAAUGGCAGCAACUUGGAGGAGCUUGCCCACAAGUUGCAGGAAGAGACUGGCCUGGAUAAUAUCAUCAUAUGCACACGCAGCCCUAUCAACGGGAAGCUCACUCCUCUCCGUCUGCAACUGCCACCAAACAAUGCAGCUAUGCAUAUUGUGCUCGUCCAGGAGUCCUCAAAGGUGGCUAGAUCAUUUGCACGGCCGUACGGUUCAUAAAUCACAAACAUUUGGCGAAGACACGGGGGGCCUUGAGUUCUGGUGGAUUGUGCUUGUGCGUGUCGCUCGAAGCCCGUACAUCAUUGGAUCAGGUCAUGCCGGUUGUGCGGUCACGCUGGGUGUCAGAAGCAACCUAGCUUAAACCUCAUUCGUGCACAUGUAAAAGGAGCACCCCCCCCCCCCCCACCACCCACACACACACACACAGUAUAGUUAAAACCAGCGGAGAUUCAUCGCGUGAUAUGUGGAGAGAUGUGUUCCAUUGAUUAAUUUAUACUAGUUGAGAUUCUGGCCCUGUAUCUUAUAUCAUUGGUUUUGUAUUAGUUGGUCAAUAGAAUUUGUACUC